CCAAGAACUCCCCGUGGGGUACACCUGUCCUCUUUGCUCGCAAAGCGGAUGGAACUCUCUGUCUCUGCAUCGACUAUCGCGGUCUCAACCGCUACACGGUUAAGAACAGCUACUCCAUGCCUCGUUCCGACAAGCUGUUUGACCGCCUAGCAGGCAACCGCUUCUUUACGAAGGUCGAUCUUCGUAGCGGUUACCAUGAGAUCCGCGUCGCUGCAGUGGACCAGCCGAAGACAGUGUUCCGAUCGCGCUUCGGCCACUACGAGUUUACGGUGAUGCCAUCCGGCCUCACCAACGCACCCGCUACCUUCCAGAGGGCGAUAAAUGACAUCUUCAGGGACAUCCUUGAGCAGUACGUUCUCGUCUACCUUGACGAUAUCCUGAUCUACAUUCGUACCCUUGAGGAGCAUCUAAGACACCUUCGCGAUGUUCUUGACUGCUUGCGCAGACAUGGCUUCUAUGCCAAGCUGAGCAAAUGCCGCUUUGCCCAACACAAAGUUGAUUUCUUAGGACACUACGUGUCUGACCAAGGUCUCCACAUGGACGACGCGAAGAUCACUGCUAUUGCGGAGUGGCCCGUCCCCACAUCCGCCAAGCAGCUUCGCAGCGUCCUAGGCCUCAUUAGCUACUAUAGGGAGCCAAUUCCAGGCGACGAGGCAUUUCACGCAGACGAACUACUGCAAGGCGACGAGGCUUUGUACGAGAUCGCGCGACGGAGUCAACAGAAGUUCGAGAGCGAUCAAAUGGAGAGGGUUGCCAGGGGAGGAGAGGCAGGGCGGCAGCCCGUGGAGGGAGCAUCAGGAGGGGUCGGGGGAGAUGGUGGAGGUGGAGACACGGAGGAGGGUGCGAUCGACGUCGAUCGCGAGGCACGUGUCCCGGGCGAGCAGGGAGUCCCGGGACAUGAGGACGUGCCUGAGGUUUAUCCAGGCACUGGGGAGUGGAUGGAGGUCUUUUUGAGGCGAGCAGCCAAGGGACCUGUAGGGGAGGGUUCUUCCAAGAGGAAGGAAGGUGGAACAAAUCCGCCCGCCGCCCCAGCUGGGAAGAGGCAUCGCCAGCAGAAGGUCACUGACGUCUACGGUGGCGAGUGGGUUGCUUGCCACAAGAAGACAUUCCUUCGCUGGCUCUAUUCCAGCGGGGUCCCCUUCAAUGCCUUCCGCAACCAGGCUUGGAAGGCAUACCAGCAGGUCCUUCUUGAGAAGCCUGGCAGUUCCCCGCGCGCUGUGCUCCCCAGCCACAGCGAGAUUGCGAGUAUGCAGGCGGUGGAGACCCACCGUGAGGAGCUGGCGGAGGAGUUGGAGGAGCGGGACGAGGGCAUGCUAGACUGCCAGGCCGGACUGGAGUUGGAGCCAGUGCGCACGGGCACGCGCAGGGGGAUGACGCCGGAGGAGAUUGCCCGUCAGGUUGCGCUUAUCACCUGGGAUCCCAUCGGGGUCUCUGCACCACCCGCCGCUGAGGCCGUAUUCGGUAGACGUGCUUCCAUUUUCUGUCCUUACCCCAGGGAGGAUGAUUCCGACGAGGAGCCUGUACCCGAGUCAGCGGACCACCCCGCGCUCCGCAUUCCCCGUGAGAUCGACGAGACGCACCUGGACCUCGAGGAGGACACCAGGGCGCAUACUGCACGACGGGCGGCUGACAGGGCGGAGAGGGAGAUGAUGGGGGGAGAGGAGUUGUGGGGACCGUUCGGGGAGGUUGCUUCGAUGGGCGGCACAGGAGCGCGGGCGACGAGCCCCGCUCCGACGAGGCAGGAGUCGUCCAUGCCGCCACCUUCUGCUCCGAGUCCUGCACCGCCAUCGCCCGUCGCGCCAUAUGAGCCGACCACGGCAGCAGAGGACACAAAGGAGUUGGCGUCCUCUUUGCCUCAGCGCGGACUACUCCACAGAGGCGGGGCAGUCCGACAGCUGAGGUUACGAUCACCUUCUCCGGGGGUCUUGCAGGAGGAGGGGGGACCGUCGGCAACAGCAGUGGAGGGGGAGAUGGCAGUGGAGGGGGGAUUGGCGGACACGACGAUUGCAGGUGUGGUGGACCAGAUAGCUGUAGCAGCAGCGGCUUCAUUGCUAGAGGAGAUGGCAGCUUCAGUGUUGGCGGAGGAGGCACCAGCACCAGGGGGAGCAGAUGCAGUGGAGGGGCAGGCGGGAGCAGCUGGAGGAGCAGCGGGAGGAGCAGCUCGAGGAGCAGCUGGUGGAGCAGCUGCACUGGAUGGGCUUGUGGCUGCAGCAGCAGGAGCAGCGAGACGAGGGUCGGAUGCAGUGGAGGGGGGAAUGCUAGGAGCAGUGGAGGAGGAGAUAGGGGCACAGGCGGAGGUGUCGCGUGGGGGCGACGACGAGCGCCUCAUGCAGCAGUUCCUCACGGAGCAGUACGAUCCGGUCAUGGCGGGUAUGACCCCAGGUGGCGUCGUGGAGACGGCCCCACGUUCACGAGACAUGCCACCCCCUCCUCCUAGACCACCUGUAGGUGAUCCGUCAUCGUCGCCCACAGGCAGAGGCUCUCGAUCUCCACACACGCCUGGGAGGUCUAGGAUUCGGGACACUACAGCCGUUGUGGGGGAUGUGAGUGACACAGCAUUGUUCAGGAGGACAGACAUAGAUUUGGAUUCCACCCGCCGUGUCACGGAGCACACUGCACGUCUACAGCCGGGUUUGGGACCCCGCGACGGCAGGAUGACCGCAGCGAGGGAGCUGGCAGCAUCAGGUUGUGAGCCUCAGCGAGGUCGCGACAGAGGAGUGCCCGCCGAUAGCUUGGAGUACGCUCUGAUGGCAGCGACGCGUGCCAUACAUGAGCAGACUCCACGCAAGCGCGGAGUGCCUCCUCGUCCACGCUCUGUGCCCGCAGAGGGAGGAGAUGCACUUGGAGAGACUUCGGGGGCAGAGGGGUUGGGGAUGCCUCAUGGAUCGCGCCGUGAGCAGACGGUUACAGAGGCUAGUGCGAGGGUUGUUGUGUUGAGGAAGGCAGGAGCCCCUGUCACCAUCGAGGAGGAUGAUCCUGAGACAGAUGUGGCAGUGCGGGAGGAGGACGAGGACUAUGAGGGCGAAGAGGAGGGAGAGGAGGAGAGCGAGAGAGGUUCCGAUGUGGUGAAGGGAAAGACAUGCACGACAAUGGUGGACAGUGGCGCGGAGAUGAACCUCAUUAAGGAGGAGCAUGCUGUGCGCUUAGGAAUGAAGAUAGAUCGCUCUGACAAUGGGGUCUUGAUGGGGGCAAAUAGUCGGUCGGUUUUCAUAGGGACCGCAUCAUCGGUGAUCCUCGAAAUCGGGAAAGUGAAAUGGAGGAGCCUUUCCCUACAGGAUAGAGCGCUGCAUAUCCCUGGAGGAGAAGCAUGCCCCCGGAAGGCGUAUGUCCUUGUAGUGAAGUUCAUCGACCCUGCGGAGGAGCCCAUCAGGGCGAGCGGGGGCACUCUCGGAAGGCCGAAAGGUAUCCUACAGUCAGACGAAGACAACAAGGUUUGGUAUGACCCGACAGUGAGCGGCACAGAGCCGGCAGACAAAGACAAAGGGGUUUGGACCGGUCUGGACGAGGCAAAAUAUGAGGGGAAGGAUAAUAGUCACAAGGGAACGCCUAGUAAGAAGGGGAAGGACAAGAACGACCUCCCGACGGAAGAGACAGAAAACGCUAUGACCCCACCCGCCAUUGACAGCGGCACUAGCAGACUGCCCGCCACGCCGAAAGUAACAGGGGUGUGUGACGGACUCUGGAACCUUAGGGAAAGGGUGCUAGGAUGGUUCGACCCAGAAGGAACGCCAAAAACCAGGGAGAAGCAGAGGGAAAGCAAGGAAGGGGAAGGCACCAGUGCGGUCGGAGAAGCGGAUGGCUCCAAAGAUGGUCUCAAGAGGGUAGUCGCCACCCUCACCGGGACACUAAACAAGAACCAGGGGUAUCUCGCAGAUGCAAAGAAGAAACUCACGUUCGAUGGGGCGAACAUUACGGAGUUUCUAAUAGACUAUGAGAAUCUAGCAGCCUUACUAAAAUGGACGGAAGAGGAAAAGAUGGAGCACCUAGGGCAGCACAUGUCGCUAAGCUUGGGAAGGGACAUUAUGGCCAUCGUCGCCUCCUGUGGAUCCUGGAAAGAAACCAGGAAUGAGAUGAUGAGGAAAUACCUGAAGGCAGAGAAAAUAGCGACAAAGGCCGAAUUAGCCGCAGUCCAGAGGAAAAACUAUGCGACCUACAACGAUUUCCUAAGAGCAUUUACGUUAGUGGAGCUGCGAAUUCCCGGGGUAACGGACCGCAUAAUGAGUAAAUACUUCCUCAGGCAGUUCUCCGAGUUUGAUAAGGAUAAGAUCUUGUCAGCAUACCAGCAGACCAGUAAGUUCGAGUACACGAGAGAUGUGGACUUCAGCAUCGUAACAGACCUUGCGGAAAAGACAGUGGUCACCGAGACACUAGCCCUGCUUAAGGAAGGGGAAGUCAUAGAUCUGGCCGGGAAGACAGGGGAUAAGGUCAAGAGGGGGACAAAGAGCCUGCACGAACGGGUGCACGGGGUUGACAGCAAGAUGGACAGAAUGGAAAAUGUGAUGUUAGUAAUGCAAGCGCAAGUGUCCAGACCCGCCCUCCCGCCCCAAGAGGCCGUGGUUCCGGCAGCCGUAGCAAACCGGGGAUUUGGCAGGAGGGACCCGACUAAUGAACAAUAUAAGUAUUGCACCAUGAUCGGGCAUUUCGUAUGGGCCUGUCCGAGACUCAAUCACGAUAUCGAACGACAGAGGUGCAGUAGGUCCCUCAAAGGCGAGAUCCUUGGACCCAUGGGGGAGCGUGUCAAUUGGAACUCGCCGGGAGGGAUGAGGCGAGUCAUCAUCCUCCCGAAUAACUUAGAGAUAGUUGCCGUAGAAGCAGAGCCAAUAGCCGAGAUUGUCUGGGACCAGCCAAGGGGACGGGGACCACAGGCCAAUUUUAUCCUGGAAGGCAAUUGCCAGGAUAGGGUAAAUAUUACCACUCGCCGGGCCGGCGCAAAAAAGAAGUUUAUUCAAGAUACAGUAACGGAGGAACUCGCAGGGACUAGCACGGGCCAGCAAGAGACCGAAGCCGGGGAACAAGAGAAGGUCUAUGGGAAUCCAAGGGAGGACAAACCGGUAGACAAGGCUACGGCGGCAAAGAAAAAGUUCAGAUAUCAAAUUCUGAUCCUGACUUCGCUGGAAAUCGAUGGCACCUUGAGUAAGCUACUGGGUACCAUGGUAUCGGUGUCCUUUCAGACCAUGCUGCAAGCCAGCCCGAGACUGCUUAAAGAACUCAGGCAGUUGCUAACGCGUAAGCGCGUAGAGGUAGAGGAGGCCCCGGAACGGCAAGAGCAGGACACGGAAGAGGCCGAGGCGCUGCAGGGAGUCCUGUGAAGGCAGUGUGCGAGUUCCUGCGAGUUCCUCCGUUACUGUAUCUUGAAUAAGCUUCUUUUCUGCGAAAAUA